UUGCCACGCUAAACCAUGUUAAAAAUAUUAAGAAUUUCAUAAAAUUUGGUAAAUAUAUUCUUUAAAAAUUAGUAAGACAGUAUAAAUUCGCUUAGAUUUUUCUACCACAAGCUCUCGAGUAAUCGAACACUAAAGUUCACGUGUAUAAGCAUAGAGUUCACAGUUGUAGAUCUCGUGCAUAAGAACUUCGAUUGUACACUCAAUAAUGAGAUAACCACGUGGUAAAAAAAUUUGAAAAAAAUGGUAUUUGUGUACUUGAUGCGAAAGAAUGUUAUAACCGAAUUUGAUCAAAUUCUGAUUAUUUUUAUUUCGUGAUCCACCCUUCUAAGUUAUCCGAACAUUGCCGGUGAAAUAUUGAGUUUUCGGUAUCGAGUCCCGAUCGAAGCAGCACUUGCUCUAUUCCAAUAAAUAUCGUUUCUUUUGUAAAUUCCAUGAUUGGUAUGGAAAAAAUGGUGAGCCUGGAGAGAAAACCUCGUACAACAGAAGGCACGAUUGCAGUACCGCGAUUCGCAGUUAACCGUGCGGAGAAUCAUAAUAAUCGAAUCCGUCGAGGAGGUUGAGCAACUCGUUUAAGGUGACGCGAAGGCUGGUGGACCGGAGAUUCGAAGGAGCGCGCGAGAGGCGGUGCGAGUGCGAGCACAGCGUACUCGAGGAUUCGUAGCGGAGAAUUCGUCGCCGUUGCAGCACGUUCUCCGUCUUCUCAGGCUCGUGCCCUCUCCCUCGGUCUUUCUGCUUUUCAGAAUCUUGCUCACUCCGAACUUUCCAUCGAGAGGGGCCUCUCCCUUCUCGCUGUCAGAUCUCACAGCGGCGGGGUGCUCCACACGUAGCUGGAGAAAUUAAGACGCAUUCUCCGAUCGGCUGCUCAGGAGGGAGGAUCGUGCGGCGUGGGCGCGUCCCGAUUUCGCUGACAAACUGGAGCAAAAUAAAGAACAGUAAUUAAACAAAUUGGCUCGAUGACGUGCCGUAAACUGUGACGCGAUAAAAUCGAGAAAAACGGAGUGCGCGAUAGGAAUGUAUCGAGUUUCGCGAACCGAUGAAUUCGUCGUUUAAGUAACAACGAGCGUGAGCUCAUGUCGUAGGAAUUCACGAGUGGCGAAUACAAAAAAACGGAUACACAUGCGCACAGAAAUGAACAAGAGCGAGCUGAAGAUAGUGCUGCAAAGUAACCCAAUGGAGACCUCUCAGUCCAGGGUACUGUCACCGAGCGCGGUAAACAAUGGGAAUCACUCACACAUUCCAAUUCCAAAGAUUCCGAGUCUCGUGAAGCUGCAGCAGCAGCAGCAGCAGCAGCAACAGAAUGGUUCUGUCAAACGUUUCGGCGAGGCUAAUAUCGUCGGAAGAAACAGCAGAAUUUCAGUCGCCGCUCAGAGAGCCUCGUUCGAAAAACUCCAAGACUCGGUGAAUCAUCAGCCGUCACUAAUGAAACUCAGCAACAAGCCUCAAAGUCCUCUUGGCGUCAAUAACAAUGGAAACAACGAUUCUCCGAUCGGUCCCUCCUUUCUACGCCACAAUUCCCAUCACGAUGACAGACUCCACACGUCGACGACCACCUCUCCGUUAUCCUCACCUGUCAAAAGAAAUAGUUAUGAAUAUUCGAAAUUGAACAGAACCAAUAGCUCGUUGUCAUCGGACGCACGAUGGAAAAGUAAAUACGAAGAAUCUGAACGAAUCAGAAAAUCUCUACUCCAAAAAUCAGAAGCUGCUAUUCGAGAGCAAACUGAUCUACAACGGAAGUGCAGGCAAUUGCAGAAGGAAAAUGAAUCGUUACAUCUACAGUCGGAAGACAAAGAUAGAAAAUUGCACAAAUUGCGUACAGUCUCGGAGGCAGUUUGCAAAGAGUACGAACAGCUCAAACGACAGUAUGACGUCGAGACUGGUGCUAUGCACAAGGCGAUGCAACAAGCGUCUCAGUGGUACAAGCAAAAUCGUGAGCUGAAGAGACGCUCGCAGGUUCUUGUGCAGCAAUUCAUUCAGUCACGUCCCGAUGACUCGCAAACGGACGUCGAAUUUUCGGACGAAGUCGACGCUAAUUCGGACGCUGACAUCGAAGAAUUGAGAGAGACUGUCCGGGGUACGUGGUUGCAAUUUUUCACCUGCAAACCAAAUAUUUCAAUUCUACUUUUAAUCUUGCUAAUAUUUGCUUUGAAAACUUCUAUAAAUACUAUUCAUUCGUCUAGAGUAUUGACCAUAUUCUUAUACAUCAGUCCUUCUAUUUUACAUGUAAUUCAAACUAUUGCAGAACUCAGUCAGGAAGUCGCUCGACUUCAGACGGAACUGAACUCUGCGAGGCUUCAAGAAUUCGAAGCCCAGGAACAAGCGGCCUUGCUAUCGGCUCAAUUAGACGAGGAACGCGCAUUAAGAAACAAUGAUGAACACAAACUUCGAGAGCUGAAGGUGCACAAAGAAAAUAUGGAACGUGUGAGUAGAAUGGUGGCGGAAGAAGUACAAGCGCUAAAAACACAAUGUGAUGGUGAAAGAGAGCGAGCCAAAGUGAUGAAGAUGGAGGCGGACAGGGUGCAAAAAGAGCGUAACGUUUUGGCGCACCAGAGCGCUCUAUUGAUGGCGGAGAUAAGCGAGGACCCAAACGGUCGUCUGUUGACCGUUCUCCAGGAAGUGGAAUCUCUCAAGAGGUUGCUCGAAGAGGAACAUCAGGACCAUCAAUCUCAGAUUCAAGCACUCGAAGAAAAAUUGGAGGAAAAAGAAGCGAAUCUUGAGUUCGAAAUCGUCGAAGAGAAAUUGAAACUCGCCGAAUCCGAGCUCGAAAUGGUUGUCGAACGGGCUGAGCGAGCUGAAAAUACAGUCAAACAGAUGGAAGAGGUUAUUCGUAAAUUGGAAGAGAAAAUUAUUGAAUUGCAAAAUCCACCGGUUUUCAUACCUCCGCCACCGCCUCCUCCGCCACCUCCACCACCAUCCAAGUUCGUUUCCUCGCCCAAUGCUCUUGCCUCGAUACGACUUGCCACACGAGAAAGAAUGAGCUCAGGAGAACAAACUGCCAAUGCAGUUUCCGACAUGGAGAACAUCCUUGGCAUAAAUCCCAAAAAAACUCUUGCCGUGCCUCAACAGCCAGCCAUUGACGAUAUAAUAAACCAGAUUAAAGGUGGACGAUUCACCUUGAAACAAACUGAUAAGCAGAGAGAAGAGGAGAAAAAACGACGACAAGAAGCCGAGAAUGCAUCGCCAGCAGUCUCGGAAAUGCUCAACAUCCUGGGAACGAUGAGACGAAGAGCGAAACCAAUCAGACAAUCCUUCAAAUUUACCGAUUUAUCGACGUAACAGUAUCAAGAAGACAGUCGAAUACGAAACAAUCGUUGAAGCAUCGCAUACCGAAAAACGCCAAACGUUUAGAGCGACGAAAGAACAAAUUGUCGAACCGAAGUGCAGGAUGAAGUUUUACGUUGCAUUUUCAUAAUCGUUCACCCACAAUGAUCGCAUUCAUAUUUUGUAAGAAUUAUAUUGUUAUAUAAUAUAUAGAUAUAUUAUUAAAAAAGCUUGGUACACGUUGA